GCCAGUGUUCCAGAGGUCUUAGGUUCAUCCGUCUCUCUUCGCAACUUAACUUGACUAGCCUUACACACGCCUUGUCCCUCUUCCUCCUUGCGGGAUUCUCAACACUGAUUUCUUCUUCUCCACUUUCACCCCCCUUGUCGCUAUCUUGUCUCGCUUGUUGCUGUGUAACUUCUCUUGUUGAUUCUCCUGCUUUCUCUCCUCUCACUCCUUCACACUCGACCCUAAAGUCACCUUGAGCUCCGAAAUCGUCUCCGGCCUAUUCCCCCCACCCGCUCAUACUGCCAUCAUGGCGGACUACAAUUAUGGAGGCUCCGAGGAAGAGAAUGCCGAGCUGAGAAAACUCGAGGUUGAAUUGCUCGAUGACCCAGAUAAUUUCGAGACUUGGGAGAAAUUGGUUCGCGCUGCCGAGGCUUUGGAGGGAGGCAUCAACCGCAACUCCAAUCCCCAAGCUAUUACCACAGUGCGCAAUGUCUACGAUCGCUUCUUAGCCAAAUUCCCUCUGCUUUUUGGAUAUUGGAAGAAGUAUGCCGACUUGGAAUUCUCCCUCACUGGCACUGAGGCUGCAGAUAUGGUCUAUGAGCGAGGUGUUGCUAGCAUUUCGCCCUCGGUCGAUCUAUGGACCAAUUACUGCUCCUUCAAGGCAGAGACUUCUCACGACGCGGACGUGAUUCGAGAGCUUUUUGAACGUGGUGCAAGCAGUGUCGGCUUGGACUUCCUAGCCCAUCCCUUCUGGGAUAAAUACAUUGAGUUUGAGGAACGCGUGGAGGCCGUCGACAAGAUCUUUGCGAUCCUGGGCCGCGUUAUCCACAUUCCCAUGCACCAGUAUGCUCGGUACUUUGAGCGGUAUAGGCAACUGGCGCAAGCUCGCCCCUUGGCCGAACUUGCAUCCCCUGAGACGCUGUCGCAAUUCCGCGCAGAGCUCGAUGCCGCCGCUGGUCAGGUUGCCCCUGGCGCCAAGGCCGAGGCUGAAAUUGAAAGAGACUUGCGGCUACGGGUCGAUAGUCACCACCUUGAGAUUUUCUCCAAAACCCAAACUGAGACCACGAAGCGUUGGACAUAUGAGUCGGAGAUCAAGCGUCCGUAUUUCCAUGUUACCGAGUUGGAUGAAGGCCAGCUGUCGAACUGGAAGAGAUACCUCGACUUUGAGGAAUCCGAGGGAUCCUAUGCUCGCAUUCAGUUCUUGUACGAAAGAUGUCUCGUGACUUGCGCCCACUACGAUGAAUUCUGGCAACGUUAUGCCAGGUGGAUGGCCGCUCAAUCUGGCAAAGACGAAGAGGUGCGCAUCAUCUACCAACGUGCCAGUUGCUUGUACGUGCCUAUCGCCAACCCCACAACUCGUCUUCAAUAUGCCUAUUUCGAGGAGAUGAGCGGUCGUAUCGAUGUUGCCAAGGACAUUCAUGAGGCUAUUUUGAUCCACCUUCCCAACCACGUGGAAACGAUAGUGUCUCUGGCCAAUAUGUCGCGUCGCCACGGCGGACUUGAGGCUGCCAUUGAAAUUUACAAGACCCAGCUUGACUCGCCACAAUGUGACCUCGCCACAAAGGCGGCUCUCGUCGCCGAAUGGGCUCGGCUUUUGUGGAAGAUCAAGGGUUCGGCCGAAGAAGCCCGUCAAGUCUACCAGAAGAACCAGCAAUACUAUUUGGACAGCCGCGCAUUCUGGACGAGUUAUCUCCACUUCGAACUCGAGCAGCCAACGAGCUCAUCGACUGAAUCGGUCCAAUAUGAACGCAUCAAGCAGGUUGUGGACGAGAUCCGCACCAAGAGUUCUCUGCCCGCCCAAGCAGUGCGGGAGCUUGUGCAAGUCUAUAUGGUUUACCUGCUUGAACGCGGCACCAAGGAUGCUGCGAAGGAGUACAUGACCCUUGACAGGGAGGUUCAUGGGCCGGCGUCCGUAUCGCACAUGCAGGCUACGGAGAUGGCAGCACCUGCCCCUGUGGCAGCCGCCCCGGCGACCCCGGCGACGGCGGAAGUAGUUGUCCCCACACCACAAGCCAACCCUUAUGCUGGUUACUACCAGCAGGCGCCUGUCAAUGGCGAUGCCUGAGUGCUUGCUUAGACGCAUUGAUCUACCUGACCUUUCCACAGCCCAGGUCUGUUAAUUUCUGAUAUCCCUUUUCACGGUGGUUUGUUUUUCCUUUCCCGAUCCAAGCCAGCAAUGGCUUGUCGAUGUGUAGAACAAUAGCCCCCAAUUUAUCUCCUGAUGCCCCCCAUUUUAUUGAUUAUGCAGCUUUCAGCGACUCUGGCGUGUUGAGUGAGGGAGGAGCAAAUGACCUAUCUAGCAGGGGCAAUCGAGUCAGCCUGCUCCUUUGACAGCUUCCCACAAUAUCAAGUGAGUCUGGCUAGAUGGCCUUUCACGAGAAUUGGACACAGUCUCCAUGUCAUGAUGUAUUCUACUGCGUAGGUAGCUUCUUAUUUAUUGAUUCAAUUUCAUCUGCCG